AUGGUCGAUACUAAGGCUCUAUAUCCUAUUGCAGUUUUGAUAGAUGAACUCAAAAGCGAGGACUAAAAGAAAAGGUAUCUGAUCAUCGAUGUUAUGCAUUAUUUAAUCAUGACUUUAGAGUUAAUUCAGUUAAGAAUCUUGGCCAGAUAGCUACAGCUCUAGGGCAAGAGAGAACUAGAAAUGAAUUACUUCCUUACAUUUUAGAUUAUUGACUAUUUAAAUUUAGACUUGAUGGACGAUGAGGAGGAAGUCCUUCUAGCCCUAGCCGAUGUACUUGGAAACUUCCUGGAUUAUGUUGGCGGUCCUGCUCAUGCUUUGCAUUUAGUCAAAUCAUUAGAAAAGUUAUGCCAGGUCGAAGAAACAACUGUGAGAGAUAAGGCUACUGAGGGAAUCAAGAGAAUUUUGUCAUUUGUUAAGAUUAAGGACAUUGAAACUCAGGUAGUAGACCUUGUCAAGAGACUCAUGAAUGGUGAGGGAUAUACUGCUAAAUUUUCUGCCACAUAAUUGAUCCCAACUAUCUAUCCUAAUGUAUCUCCACAAAGCCAACAAGAUUUAAUGGGGAAGGUAGCAGCCAUCGUUCUAAAUGAAAUGAUAAAAUUAGUUCCAAAGACACCAGAAGCAGAAUUACUUAACAUUUUUGGAAGAUUCUUCAAGGAUGAGCAAGACUCAGUCAGAAUGUAGGGUAUUGAUUCAUGUGUUGUCUUUGCUAAGCAUCUCCCUGUUUCUAAAGUGAAUGCUUAUCUAUUGCCAUAUAUCAAGAAAUUCGCAGAGGAUAAGAGCUGGAGAAUUAGAUAUCUUGUUGCUGACAGAAUAAUGGAUCUUGCUAAUGGAAUUGGCUAUGAUCAAGCAAAGGAACAUCUGCUCCCAUACUAUCAGGGUUUCCUUUCUGACUCAGAGUCAGAGGUAAGAACUGCUGCUGUUAGCAGACUUUCAGAUUUUUGUAAAAUUGUCGAUGCACAGAGCACUAUCGCUAAAAUUAUCCCUGCUUUAAAGAAACUUCAAACAGAUCAAUUUCAAUAUGUUAGAAGUGCCCUUGCCGAGAAUGUUCUUGCCAUCUGUCCAUAGAUUGAUAAAGCUUCAACUAAUGAGCAUAUUCUGCCUAUUUUCUUGGCUCUGUUAAGAGACGAAUCAUCAGAUGUGAGACUCAACCUAUUCAAGAGAUUAGAGGAUCUCAACAAAGUUCUCGGAAUUGAAAAUCUCUCUCAAUCAAUUAUCCCUGCUUUGACUGAAUUAAGUUAGGACAAAAACUGGAGAAUUAAGCUUUCAGUCGUUGAAUAAUUCCCAAUUCUCGCCAAGUAGCUUGGCGAGGUAUUCUUCAAUGAGAAGCUAUCUCCAAUUUGCAUUACCUGGCUGAGUGACAACAUCUUCUCAAUCAGAGAGGCAGCACUUAACAAUUUAAAGCAGCUGACUGAGAUAUUUGGUGUUACCUGGGCAACCAAGUAUGUUGUUCCACAACUUCUGAGUUUGCAAGUCAAUUCUAAUUACCUACACAGAUUGACUCCCCUUUUUGGUAUUGCUCAAAUGUCCUAAGUUAUGCCUUCAGAGGCGAUCAAGAAACUGUUCUUACCAGUCUUAGCCACACUCUCCCAGGAUUAGAUACCUAACAUUAGAAUGAACGUUGCUAAGAGUAUUCAUAGUAUUUUGCCUUAUGCAAAGGGGAAUGUAGAGUUGGAAGAUAAGUUGAAGCAAAUGCUUAGAGAGCUCGCAAAAGAUCAAGAUCAAGACGUUAAAUAUUACUCUGCUAGAGCUCUAGCCCAUUGA